AUGUCCAGAAGGCUAAAAAAGACCCAUUUGUUCAGCAAAGAUGUAGCUGCGUUGAUGUAUGCUUAUGGUGACGUUUCACAACCACUUCCGGAAUCUGUACAGUGUUUGGAUGAACUGGUAUCAGCAUAUUUAAUAGAUAUCUGCAUGUCAGCUUAUAGAACGGCGCAAACAGUCCACAGGAACAAAAUAAAAGUGGAGGAUUUCAAGUUUGUGCUUCGCAAUGACGAGGUAAAGCUGGGCAGGGCUGAGGAACUGAUCAAAUUGAGUAAAAUUAUUACGGACGCCAAGAAACUGUUCAAUUCGUCAGAAGGCAAAACGGUAAAACGGGCCCGCGACAUGGGCGAAUUUCACGACGACGAUGCUGAAGAGGACCUAGAUGACGAGAGAGAUCAAGAUGGAGACAAAAUUGGUGAAAGAAUAGAGAGGAAAGAGCCGGGCAAGAAAAAGAGAAAGACGAAAAAGAAGGGACAGGACUCUUAA